GUUCCAGGCAAGCUCCCAAAAAAUUUCCAGUCAUGGAAAAAACCGAUCCGAUUCCCUACACCUACAAACCGAGACGUUUUCAUUGGUACAUUCGACCAAAAGAUCAAGAUAUGUUUGAUGCUGAAAAGAUGCGUCCAUCAACUUCUCAAGACCUUAGCCAAGAUUCGAUUUCCCGCAGUAAUAGGUCUGACUCCACAGCCGAAUAUCGCUUCUGUCACGGUGGAGUCUCUGCGAAAUACCUUUCAAAUAUGAUCAUUAUCGCAUUGAUACAGGAAAUCAGCGUUGGUCUGAUACUGGCCACGGAGCCAGUGAACUGGUUUCGGCAACCUAAGUUCAUUAUUUUGACGGCAUGUCGUGUGCUGCAGCUGGUGCCAUGUUUUCUUGCCCUUGCCGGCAACUAUACAAACAAUGCAACGCUGCUCGUGCCAUUCAUGCUAUCACAGAUUUCUCUGGGUAGUUAUGCUGACCUUUCCACGUACAUGCUGCUGAUCCAGAACUAUCAGGAUUCUCAUCCGGAUGUUUGGCUCUUUGCCAGUCCACUUCUCUACGUCGUCAUUCCGAUCUUCAUCUAUGCGCUUCUUCUGCUGCUCUGUAUCUACAUCACAAACAAAUCCAUUCAAUUCGUUAACAUGAAGAGGCUCGGAACAUUGAGUAAACAAAAUGCUGAUACUCAAAUAGAAUCUUUGAUGUGAACUCAUGAGAAAAGGCUCUGCUUUUAUAUUUUCAUGUGCUAAGUAGUCCAGAUAGUCCUGUAGCUUUGACGCUGUGUUGAGCUUACAUAAGUUUCAAUAUCCAUAUGGGAUCUCCCCGACUCUUUACUGAUAUGCUCCGGGUGUAUACUUCGAAACUGUGCUUAAUGUUAUGGAUCGAUUGAAUGGUUCCAUGUAAUUUAUCUAUUCUGGUGACUGUAUUUUCUUUGACGGGCACUGUACAUAUGUUUACGAGAGAUAGUGUGGUAAAACACAUAUUGAUAAUACAUUCUAGUGUGCUU